CAGGAACCGAGGAAUCGACCGACGUCGCGUAGUCACGAGGAGAAAGAAAAUGGACCUUCCGGAUUUGAACAUGCAGGUGCCAGGCCAUAACAAAGCUCCAUCUCGGCAGCAUCCCCGUCGGGGGUGGCGGCUCCAGCACGUGCGGCGGAAAACAGCGAAAGCCUCCACUUGAAACGCACUGUGAAAACGAGUCGAGAGAAAAUUCGAGGAUACAAAGGUGAGGGUGGGAUGAGAAGGGUUUGAGGAAAAUCGAAGACUGAAGAGGACAAAAUCCAAAGGACAUCACAAUGCUCAUCCAGGAAUCGCCAGACCGCCCCGACUACGCCAACGAGGCCGUGUUCCGCCGCAACUGCCUCCCGCACAGGACCUACUUCAUUCCCGAGACGGCCGUCCUGCUCAACGGCCAAUGGGACUUUCACUAUGCCUCGACGCCGCUAGAGGCCCCUGAGCCUGAGGCCACCCCCGACUGGCAGCCCAUCACGGUCCCUGGCCACUGGCAGCUCCAGGGCUGGGGCCACCCGCACUACACCAACGUGCAGUACCCCAUUCCCGUGUGCCCGCCGCACGUGCCGACCGAGAACCCGACGGGCACUUACCGCCGCAGCUUUCACGUGCCGCCCGCCUGGGACGCCAAGUCGCAGCUGGUGCUGCGCUUCGAUGGCGUCGACAGCGCCUACCACGUCUUUGUCAACGGCCAGCUGGUCGGCUACGCCCAGGGCGCGCGCAACGCGGCCGAGUACGAUGUGACCGACUUUGUGCGGCGCGACGCCCCUAAUGAGGUGCUCGUGCGGGUUUAUCAAUGGUCCGACGGCUCCUACAUCGAGGAUCAGGACCAGUGGUAUCUGUCGGGCAUUUUUAGGGACGUGCACCUUCUGGCGUUCCCGACCGACUGCCGCAUCCGCGACUGGUUCGCCCGCACCGACCUCGACGCCGAGUAUCGCGAUGCGGAAUUGCUGGUGGACGUCGACGUGACCGCCACGGCCGCCGGCAAGCUGAAGCUGUCGCUGCAGGAGCUGCCCAAGAACGGCGGCGGCGCCGUGGGCGAGACCGAGGUCGACGUGGCCGCGGGGGCCGCGGGGGCCGCCUCGGUCAAGGUCAAGCUCGCCGUCGCCAACCCUGCCAAAUGGACGGCCGAGACGCCGCACCUGUACCGGGCGACGCUGACACUGACCAGCGGCCCAUCCACGUACACGAUCCACCAGACGGUCGGGUUCCGCAAGGUCGAGCUCAAAAACGGGCUCAUGUGCGUCAACGGGCGAGCCAUCCAGCUUCACGGCACCAACCGGCACGAGCACCACCCGCGGCUGGGCCGGGCGGUGCCGCUUGACUAUAUCCGGCGCGACCUAGUGCUGAUGAAGGAGCACAACAUCAACGCGCUCCGCUGCAGCCACUACCCGCCGCACCCGCGCCUGUUCGACCUGGCCGACGAGCUGGGACUGUGGGUUAUGGACGAGGCCGACCUCGAGUGCCACGGCUUCUACGACACCAUCGCGCGCCCGCUUGACAUUCCCGAGGAGAUGGACUACGAGGAGCGCAAGAAGCUGACAUUCCCUCAGUGCGCAAAGUUUACCUCGGACAACCCUACUUGGACGGCCGCCUACGUCGACCGCAUGGAGAGCAUGGUAGUGCGCGACCGCAAUCACACCAGCAUCAUCUCAUGGUCGCUCGGCAACGAGGCCUUUUACGGCCGCAACCACAAGGCCAUGUACGAAUACGCCAAGCGCGUCGACCCGGGGCGUCUGGUGCAUUACGAGGGCGACGUGCACGCCGAGUCGGCCGACAUGUUUUCGUACAUGUACCCGCCCAUCGAGCGGCUGGUGAAGCUGGUCAAGACGGAGGGUGUGGCGGCCGACGGCACCUUUGAGAAGCCCGUGGUGCUCUGCGAGUACGCCCACGCCAUGGGCAACGGCCCCGGCUGGCUCGAGGAUUACCAGCAGGCCUUCCGCGACCACCCGCGCCUGCAGGGCGGCUUCAUCUGGGAGUGGGCCAACCACGGCAUCUGGAAGGACGAGGGCGGCGGCCAGGCCUUUUAUGGCUACGGUGGCGACUUUGACGACUUUCCCAACGACGGCACCUUUGUCAUGGACGGGCUCUGCUUUUCCAACCACACGCCCACGCCGGGGCUGACGGAGCUCAAGAAGGCGAUCCAGCCACUGGGGCUGUCCGUCGCCGGCGGCAAGCUGCUUGUCGAGAACUACUACGGCUUCGUGGACCUUUCCCACCUGGUGGCCACGUACAAGGUCGAGGAGUUUGGUAGCGAGACGGUGCUCGUCGACUCGGGCGAGCUGCCGCUGCCGACCAUCAAGGCGGGCGAAAAGGCCGAGAUCGCACUCCCGGUCUCGGCCGGCCACCGCGGCGACGGCGAGACCACGCUGACCGUGUCGUUCCGCCAGCGCAGCGGCACGGCCUGGUGCGACGCCAGCCACGAGAUCGCCUGGCACCAAGCCCAGCUGGCCGCUCCCAAGGCCGCCCCGGCACUGGCCUCGCGCCCGCAGCUGGCGAGUACCAAGGCCGAGACGAAGGGCUCGGUUCUGGCCAUAUCGGGUGGCGACUGGUCGCUCACGUUCGACAGGGCCCGCGGCUACGUCACCAGCUGGGUGUCGGGCGGCAACACGCUGCUGUCGGCCGACCCCGCCACGGGCGCCGCAUUGAUGCCCGGCUUCUGGCGGCCGCCGACCGACAACGACUACCCCAUCUCGCUGCCGUACUGGAAGCGGUUCGGCGUCGACGUCCUGACGUCGCAACUGCGCGCCUUUUCCGUUACCGAGUCCGGCGAUAGCACCGUCGUCGAGGCCCGCACCUACAUCUCGCCGCCCAUCGUGGCCUGGGGUUGGGAGGCCACCUCGACGUACACCGUGUCGGCGGUGGGCAACCUCUCGGUCGACGUCAAGCUCGCGCCCACGGGCACCGCGCCGACACACGUGCCGCGCGUCGGGCUGAACCUGUACGCGCCGCGGAGCCUCGACAACGUGCGGUGGCACGGGCUGGGGCCGGGCGAGAGCUACCCCGACAAGGCGGGGGCGCAGCGGGUGGGCAUAUGGGCGGCCGGGGUUGCGGAUCUGCACACGCCGUACGAGCACCCGCAGGAGGGCGGCAACCGCAUGGGCACGCGGUGGGUGGAGCUGAUGCAUGAGGAUGGGCACCGUGGCGGCCUGCGGGCGCGGGGCGACGGGCCGUUCAGCUUCGUGGCGAGGCGGUACGCUGACGCCAACGUGGAGGAGGCGCGGCACCCAUGCGACCUCGCCGAGGUGGACGCCACGCUGGUGCGGCUGGACGCCAAGGUGGCCGGCGUCGGCACAGCUGCGUGCGGGCCGGGCGUCCGGGAGGAUCUGCUGGUGAAGGUCGACGAGCUGUCGUUUCGAUUCGAGCUAGAGCGGGUGGGGGCUUAACUCCUGUGGAUAUCGCGAGUGUCUGGCAACCUAGAUCGCUCCUGCAUGGAGAGUAGGCCCGCGCCAAUAGCAAAAAAUCAUAUCCAUGCGUGUCCACUCCUUUGCAUCACUAGGUCUGUCGUCAUUCGCGUCAAGCUGUAAACGGGGAUGCCCAAAAAAAAACACUAACAAUGGCAAGGAUACGGCACAACACGGGACGACACCCCAGCGAAGGUUCGGACAAGGAGCGGGCGGCCAGCAACGAUACAGACGGAGCUGGCCGAGGAUUACAAAACAAGAAUAGGCGUUGGCACAAGAUCGACAUGAAACAGGACGGUUCUGGGCGGGGAACAUCAAUCAGCGUGGCAACGAAUAGUGAUCGAGACCUUUAUAGUAUUUGAGUGCCAUGGGAUACCACGGCACCGCCCGAAAAGAAUAACGCGCACUCACAACCA